GCAACAUCACAGCACAGCAGCCAUCCAUCUCCCCUUCUUUCCAUCAAAUCUUCUCUCUCUUUUCUGAUACCCGGGGGAGAAGAAACGGAGAGAGAAAAUUUAGAAGAAUCCCCACCCUCCAAGGACUUCAUCGGCCCAGCUGGACCAGGAGUUUAUGUGAGGGAAGGAAAACAAAACCAAAACCAAAAGGAGAAGGGAUUGAUAGGGUGCCUUGCAGAUAUGUGCAUCGAGCCAACCAAAUACCUCUCUCUUUCUCCCACCCAAAGCAAAACUACCACCCCCCAACUUCCCAAAAUGCCCCUCUUGAGGCCAGGGAACUCUCCACCUCCCUUCCAUCAAGGAAGAAAACUCCUACCACGGCUCCUGUUCCCGUUUUAUAUGGGGCCUUUGCUGCCCCUUUUUGGUCACGGUCAGACAGAGAAAACAGGGCAAGGAGCCUCUCUCCCCUCUAUCUCCUCGCCUCUCUUUUCUUUGUUUCGUUGCAAGUUGGUGUCUUUUUGCCUCCUCCCUUCCUCCUGUGGUUAUCUUUUUCUUUGCCCUCUCUCCUCCUCCUCCGCCUUUUUGUCGCUCUGAGGGUGGUGGGUGAUGGUGAUGAAGAAGGGGAGGAGGGUGGCCGUGGAGUCUUCUCCAUCGUCCCGUUUUUCGCUCGGGGAGGAGGCUCGGGCGCGGUACAGGCACCAGAGCCUCUUGCAGGACUAUGAGGAGUUGCUAAAGGAAACUGAAGCAAAGGAGAAGCAAUUGCAAAAGGUCAAUCAAAAGAAGCUUAAGCUCCUUGCUGAAGUCAAAUUCUUGCAGAAAAGGUACAAGUGCUUAUUGAAGAAUCCAUUGCAAAAAACCACAUAUAGACUGAAAAAGGGGUCAUGCAAAAUCCCAUCCUCAGUGCUUUGCCAUAGUGAAGCACCAAGUCCAGUGACUCAAAAUGAACUCCAUAAAAAAGAUAGAAGUUACAUAGCAAGAGAAGCCAUGGUCCCGAGCACUUCUGCAGUAUUAGAUUUAAACCAGGUUUCCUUACCGUUGCAGAAUGGUGAGGAAAUGGAGGAGUUUCAAGUGGAAUGGGAGACCAUGAAGGUUGAUAAGUUGAACAAGUGUUCAACAGACGGUGACCCUGCUGCAAAUGAUCUGAAGCUAUUGAUCUGCCGAGAUGUUGGGAACGGAGCGAACCGUGCUGGAAAGAGGAAAAUUACAUGGCACGACCAGGUAGCUUUGAAGGUGUAGAACCCUUUUGUGGAUACUGGAUGAAAAACUCGUCCUGUUAUGGCCGCCUCAUCAUUCACCCAUGAAGUUUACCUGUGUUAGAAAUCUUUGUAUUGUAAAGAAAACUCAAUGGUCAUUAGGUAUAGAUGUCUUCCACGUGGAUCUUUUUUAAGCAGUAGAGGGGAUGUCUGUGCUAUGAAGAAUCAAUUUUUUGUUGUGUUGUUGAAAGACAUAAUUUUGUUCUCAAGAAUUCAUGGGCAAGAUGCUAAAAGGUAAUGCUGAUGAGUUUAAUAGAUUGGUGAAUACCUUAUUAAUACUGUACCUCAAUUAACAUGAUAAAACCAUUCAUGAAUGAUGAAGAAGGGAAAGUUCAUUGUCA